AUGUUUCACAGGUCCACUCCAGUUGCAGCUGAUUCGUCCCGUCCGGCGCCGAGUCAACCGAUGGUCCAGCCUGCGAAGCGCUCGGCUGUUGCUACGUCAAUGGCAGCAACCAGCCAGGGACUUGGAUUAAAGUCUCAAAUAUCAGGUACGCCAGGUGGUGCUGCUGCAAUCGGUUUUCCGUCGGACAUUCUCCUAACCAGAACAAUCAGCGGUUCCGAUUCGAAGGAGACAGCUACAGAAGCACAGACUGCUUUGGUUCAGCAAUACGUUCCGGCAGGACGAUGCUCGUGGAAGAUCACGCAGUUCCGGUCCUGUGCACAAGAACAGGCCGAUUUGACCCUGUGCGAAGGUUUCAGGCAUUAG